AGCAGCAGCAGCAGCGAAAAAUUGGAAAAAUCGUUAUACGUUAUAAGUUGGCAUAUACACCACAAAAUCGCGGUUGUGUGCUGUGUUGUUUUGGCCGGCACCCGCAACUCCUGGCACUGGCACUGCCACUGCCACUCACCACUCACACUCACUCGCGCAUCGAAUUCGAAUCCUGCCACAGCAUCAACGGCAACGGCAGCAUUUUAAUUUUGUGGGUUAAAAACAAGACGUGAUUUUUCAAAUGGAUCCUUCGAAUUUGGCAUUUGGAUUUCCUGGACUGCCUGGCCAUGGACACAUGCCGAUCCCGCCCACGGCCAAUAUGCUUGGGGCACACGGACAUCCCGCCCCUACGGCCAGUCCGCCGCAGAGUGUGCCCGGACGUCGCACACCACUCGGCUCGGUGGGUCUGGGCGGCUUCUAUGCCCAAGGCAUGGGCAUGUCCCAGCAGCAGCAGCAGACGUCCACGGAUGAGAAUAAGCCGGGACCGAGUGCGGCGGAUAAGCCGCUGAGUCCUACUGCUAUGGCAAUUGCAGCAAUCAGCGGUGGUACCACCACAGCGGCCAUGUCCAGCAUUGGCAGUGCUCUGUCCGGUGGCCCGGGUGGCAGUGGUGCCAAUGGUGGCAAGCAAAAGAAUCGUCAGGGCAAAACGGUGCGACUGAAUAUCAAUGCCAGGGAGCGCAGAAGAAUGCACGAUUUGAAUGAUGCCCUGGACGAGUUGCGAAGUGUGAUUCCCUAUGCGCACUCACCCUCAGUGCGUAAACUAUCCAAAAUUGCCACCCUGCUGCUGGCCAAGAACUAUAUACUGAUGCAGCAGAAUGCGCUGGAGGAGCUACGCAGACUACUCGCAUAUAUACAAAGCACUACGGGAGCAGCUCCUUUGGAUUUGGGCGCAUUUCCGGCAGCGGCCAAGUUGCAGGCGCUGUUGCAAGGACCUCACAAUGAGCCACCAACAAGUGGCAGCAGUUAAAUAAUGCUCGCAACGAGCAAAGGCCAAUUAAUUAGAGAAGCAAUACGAAUAUAUAUAUAUAUAUAUGUGUAUAUAUAUAUAUAUUGAAGUCAAUUUGUGUACUAGUCAUGAGAAGAGAGGUUGAGCAAAUGUGUUAAGUGAUAUUUAGUUC